CACUGCACUGCCCCUCCGACAGUCAGAAACAUGGCUUUACGGGAGCUAUCAUCGCUGGAGAAAUAUUUAGGAUUAAAAAAGCCGAACAAAUACAGUACACAGGGGGACAAAAAGAUACCUGUGCUACAGAACGUCAAUGGUCCUCCGCUGGUGGGCUUGGUGACUGUCGCCUGUCACCUGGUGAGAGAGGCCAAGCGCCCGGAGCUGCUGGGAGACUGUGCAGAGAGCAGGGCAGUGGUGCAGCAGUGGCUGGAGUACAGAGUCACCAAGCUGGAUGGCUGCACGAGGGAAGACGUCAAGACCAUCCUGAAGGACCUCAACCUCUACCUGCAGGACAAGGUCUACAUGGCUGGCAACCGGUUCACCUUAGCGGACACCUUCAUGUUCCAUGGAGUCCAUCCGCUCAUAGUGGACUUGGCCGUCCAGGAGAAGGAGCAGUAUGUGAACGUGACACGAUGGUUCGACCACAUUCAGCACUACCCAGGCAUCCGGCACCCCCUUCCACCCGUAGUUGUGCUCAGGAACAAAAUUUACUCCAGCAAACACCACUGAGGCCUGAGACCCCCCCCCCCCCAACCUAGCCUGAGUCGUCACACUCUCAUCUGUCUUGUGGAGCGGACCUGGGCUAAAAGUCUGUCUCAUCAUCAUCAUCACGUUUCCACAUAGUCAUGAUUACCCAAGAUUUGUAUUCCUGUUUUUCACAUCGUGAUUCCUGCCUUUAUGUUUUGUGUCUUCACUCUGCCUGUUCGCUAUUUGGAUCUUCUACAAUAUAUGUUUUAUCAGGAAAAUCAGUAAAAACAAAACCAGUUUUAUUAGUUCUAAUAAAAUCAAGUUCAGUUCAUAUUUAAUAUUUGUUUUUAAUAUUUCAGUGCCAUUGGCUGUUGACUUUAACUCAUUCAACACUUUUCAUAAGACGUUUGGUGUCUUAACCCUUAUUCAGUAUCUAGGGAGCAAAAAUGUCAGACAAUUAAUUUGCACUUUUAUGCUUUUUGUUGGCAAUUUUGACUUUGUCGGUGACUUGGAAGUCUGGAAGGGUUUCUAUUUAUAUAUGUUUGAAUGUGGAUUUAUUUUGUCUGAUCUAAACUAUGAACAUGCGAUUACAAGUAUUAAAAGAAGCCUUCAAAGAUGUUACUUAACUGGCAGUACAUUAUGGCUUUUAGCGCAUGCAGCUUCCUUUAGGCCACAUGAAUGCAUUUUCAGCAACAGUUUUUCCAAAUGCAUGUGGUCGCUGGUUCACCAUCACGACCCCAUAAUGACCACCGUCAUGCUGCCAUCUCUCUGCCCUGAUGGUCUCGUGGUCUCUCUCAGCUCUCAUCCCUAACGUGAUGGUAGCGUUUUGUUUGUUUUCUUUGGAUUUUAUGUUUUUCACAUGCAACUCUCAGCCAUUGGACUGGACAGUUGAGUGUGUGUGUGUGUGUGUGUGUGUGUGUUCCUGAUUGCAUCCACUUCCUCACCACCAGUCGUGUGGGCAGCAGUGAGCAGUUUGAGCGUCAGCCCCAGAGUCGGAGAUCAGAGUGAGGCUCCAAUCAGUCCCACUACCACCACUGUUGAUGCUGCAGGCCAGAGAGAGGGCAGCGGGCUCACCAGCUGCCACACAGAUCCAGCCAGCCAAGGCCAGAACCCAGGCCCCUGGGCGACAGUCAGCCACUGUGUGUCAUUUCAACCCUCGCGCUCCCACGGGGAUGCUUGAGAGAGAAGGACGAAGGGAGGCAGCGAGGGAGGGAGGGUGGGAGGCCACAGAAAGAGAGGAAAAAGAGCACCCAGAGGCCGAGGGAUCUUUUUGUGACAUGUGAACAAUGAUCCGUGCCUCCGAAAGCCUUACUGCUGCUGGCUGGAUGUUUGCUAUUAGCGCCAUUACCAGGCCUCGCUGUGGCAGCAGAUCCUGUAAAUUAACAUUAUGAAGCUAAUGAUAAGUAGACAAAGAACGGUAGGAAAUGAAAUCAUAUUUUAAAAGAAAACACUAGUCUAAAGCUUAUAAUACUGGUUUAUUUUGUGUUUGCAUCAAAGUGUCUGUUGUACUUUACUGUCUUCUCUUAACAUGCUUUCAGCUACGUUUUUACUUUGCUCCAUCCAAACAGGAGCUACAUAUCUUUGUGUCUGUUGUGGCUUCUGUGUGUUUUUUUAUUAUCUAAUGUCGCCAUGAUGUUCAUCCUCUGUCAAUAAAAUCAAAAAGAUACACAGCUCGUGA